CAAGACACAGCCAUGGCCUCGCUGCUGCGGCAGAUCAUUGCCAGUCCGCGGGCGCGGCAUCCAGAGGCAGGGCUGGACCUCUGCUACGUGACCGACUUUAUCAUUGCAACAUCCGGCCCCUCGCAGACGUAUCCCCAGCUCGCCUACCGAAACCCGCUCGACCAGCUCGUCGCCUUCCUCGACGCGAAACACGGCAAGGACUGGGCCAUCUGGGAGUUUCGCGCCGAAGGGACGGGAUACCCGGAUGAAGCCGUGUACAAUCGGAUAUGGCACUAUCCAUGGCCGGACCACCAUCCGCCGCCAUUUCGGUUGAUUCCCAUGAUCAUGGCGAGCAUGAGGAAUUGGCUGCAUGGCGGCGACCCGCAGAAUGCGCACAAGGAGCAGGACAAGACGGGACAAGACAUGACCGAGCAAGGAAAGACGGAGCAAAGCGAAACGGAGCAGCCAUCAUCGUCUUCCACCCCGGCUACUGGAAGCAACACGGAGGCCGCCGCCACAACACCAGCCAAGUCGCAGCGGAACCCAAACAGGGUCGUGGUAGUCCAUUGCAAAGCUGGCAAGGGACGAAGCGGCACCGCCAGCUGCAGCUAUCUCAUUGCAGAGGAGGGCUGGAAGGCAGAGGACGCCCUGGCGCGCUUCACCCAGCGCCGCAUGAGGCCGCAGUUUGGCGCCGGCGUGUCGAUCCCCUCGCAGCUGCGGUACGUUGGCUACGUCGACCGCUGGACAAAGGGCGGCAAGAAGUAUGUUGAUCGUCCGGUCGAGAUUGUCGAGAUCCACGUCUGGGGGCUGCGCAAUGGCGUCAAGAUGGACGUCGAGGCCUUUGCGGACGAGGGCAAGAGGAUUGAGAGCCUUCACACCUUUACAAAGGACGAGAGGGUCGUCGUCGAGGGUGACGCACCCGAAGGCGGCGGUCUGUCUGAAAUCAUCUGGGAUCUUGCGGGAUACUCGACCCAGAGGGAGAAGGCGCCCGAGGCGGCAGAGUUCGCCGACGCCGCCAACAACGAGGUCAAGAAGAAGGAUUCCUUUGAUCCUACCCCUUCACCGCGGCCUUCGGAAUCUUCCAUGGAGUCUCUGAUCCGGCGGAAGAGUGCCAAACUCAUAGGAAAAGUAUCACCGCCUGGAUCACAUUCCAAGGUUGACAAGCUGCGGGCCAUGCUCUCUGUCGAGCCGCCAGCCCCAACCCCAACUACCGGCCCGCCUGAGGUCCGUACGGAGGCUCCCGACGAGACGGAGCCGGGCGGCAAGGCCGUCAUCUUCAAACCGAAGCAGCCUGUUCGGGUCCCCAACAGCGACGUCAACAUCUCUGUCGAGCGGCGAAACAGAACGCACAAGUCCAUGGGGCUCACCAUGGUCACGGCCGUCGCUUACGUGUGGUUCAAUGCCUUCUUCGAGGGCAAUGGUCCCGAGCAGCAGGGCAUAGCGGACAGCCACGGCACCUUUGAGAUUGAAUGGGAUGCCAUGGACGGCGUCAAGGGGUCCAGCAGGAAGGGGAUGAGGGCGUUUGACCGCAUGACGGUCGUGUGGCGAUUUCCCGACAGCGGCGAGCCCACGGCGGGAGAGCAAAUUGUUGAGCCCAAGGAGGGCGAACCGGUGCCGCAGAGCAAGGCAGCCGAUUGGAAAGGCACCCACAGUCCCAAAUCCGCGGCCGCGGAAAAGGAUCUGGGACUGCGUCAGCAGAGCCCGAUGAGUGUGGACAUCAGCAGGGCGAGCAGCAUCAAGAGCGCCGAAGGAGUCGCGAGUCAGGGCCAGGGCCAGGGCCAGAACGAGGGGGUGAAUGCGGACGAGGUGUCGAAAGGCUUGAAGCGCAGUGGGCCAUCGGGGGAAGACUUUGACCAAGGAGAGGAGAAGACUGCGUGA